UAUUCACGGCAGAACUGGACAAUGAAGACGUUUAUAUUUCAGGAUUCGGAGGUGAGCAGUGUGGUCAAACAGAACUUGCUAUUUCCCAAUGGCCCGUUAAGCACUGACAAUGGGAUAGGUUAGCUGCAGCUUAUUUAUUCCACUCGAUGCGAUAUAUUUCUAUAAAUAAGAACACUUUCCAUCUGUAGUUGAGUAGUUUGCCGGUUGACUGUCUGGUGAUUGCCCAAUAGGUCUCUCCGCAGUCGGAUCUCUGGUGCCCCCUAACGCUGGCCGCCGCAGGCGCACGGUAUCCGUGACGUGAGGACCAUCCCGAGGAGGCGAGGUUUCCAGGAGAUUGAAAAGUGAUAUUGAAGCUUCAGCACCUAAGUGCUUCAACGGAUUUUCAGUAGUGGUCAGCUUUGGGAACUCUUCUUACUAGUGUAUGACUUCAUGUGUGUCUGUGUGUGUGGGGUGCGUGUGUGUGUCUGUGUUUCUGUGGAUUUCUGUGUGAGAGGGACGAUAACAAUAUUAUCCCAGGACUGUGCAGAUGCUAGGCAGUGAGACUGUGCAGGAAAAGUUGCAGCCGCUUUUGAAUGGGAGUCGGUAAAGGAAAGGGAUGCCGCCUGGAAAACGGAGCCUAACGACGGGGCUUCGGUCAAGCUCAAAAUGCGAUGGACAAGUGAACUUGCCCAGUUACCCUGCAGGACUCAGUUAUGGAGCAUAAACAACCCCGGGACGGGUUCCGGCGGGGACCGCGGCGCUACAUGGAUAUCCUUUUGCUUGAAGAGGCUGAAGUUGGCAAACUCACUCACAUGGAGACGGCAGUUCUUCUAAAAUGACUUUUUCUGAGUUUACCAAUGAGAGCUUCCACGGGAACUGUUCGGAUGCGUCCACGAUUAACUAUGGCCUGUCCCCGAAUGAGUCCAUCACCGCCAACAGGUCAGUCCGCCCCGAGGAGCUGGAUGUCAACCAAGCGGUGGCCCUGGGGGUUAUUCUAGGUGCUUUCAUCCUGUUCGCCAUCGUGGGUAACAUCAUGGUUAUUCUGUCAGUGGCUUGCAACCGACACCUACAAACGGUAACUAAUUAUUUCAUCAUUAACUUGGCCAUCGCCGACCUCCUCUUGAGUACCAUCAUCCUUCCCUUCUCGGCCAGUCUGGAGAUCGUUGGUUACUGGGCUUUCGGGAGAAUUUUCUGCGAUGUCUGGGCUGCGGUUGAUGUCUUGUGUUGCACGGCCUCGAUAAUGAGCCUCUGUGUCAUAUCCAUUGACCGCUACAUCGGCGUGCGCUACUCUCUACGCUAUCCAACUAUUAUGACUGAGGUGAAGGCGGUGUGGAUCCUGAUCAUUCUUUGGGUCACCUCCAUCGUCGUCUCGGUGGGUCCUCUACUGGGCUGGAAGGAGCCGGCCCCGGACGACGAGACAGUGUGCAGCAUUACCGAGGAACCGGGUUACGCCUUGUUCUCCUCUCUCUUCUCCUUCUACCUCCCUCUCAUGGUUAUCCUGAUCAUGUAUUUUCGCAUCUACAUUGUGGCCAGGCGGACCACCAAGAGCCUGGAGGCCGGAGUGAAGAGGGAGCGGAGUAAGACCGUGGAGGUGGUCCUGAGAAUUCACUGCAAGAGCGUUCUGGACGACUCCAACCCCAACUUCAAGAGCAAGGGGCAUCACUUGCGCAGCUCGCUCUCCAUGCGGCUCCUCAAGUUCUCCCGAGAGAAGAAGGCAGCUCAGACCCUGGGUAUCGUGGUCGGAGUCUUCAUCCUCUGCUGGCUGCCCUUUUUCACCAUCUUACCGCUAGGUGCUUUCUUCCCAUCCAUCAAGCCCUCCGAUGUGGUUUUCAAGGUGAUCUUCUGGCUGGGAUACUUCAACAGCUGCAUCAACCCGAUCAUCUACCCCUGCUCCAGCAAGGAAUUCAAGCGAGCCUUCAUCAGGCUUCUGAAGUGCCAGUGCCGCCGGAGGCGCCGACCCCACUGGCGCGUACACAGCCACCGAGACUGGCAGGCCUCCAUGAAUAGUUCAGUGCGUGGCCACAACGGGGACACGUCAGCCAGGUCUGUCACGAACCAAGAGACGGUGUCAAUCGACAGCACCUCCACACUGAGCCGCAAGCAGUGGGGGAGCAGUGAGGGGGCCAGUGGGGGCAUAGGGGCUAGCCGAGUGCUCAGCCGCCACAGCUGGAGACUCUUUCCUUCCUUGUCCAAAUCGCCUUUCCAACUCAGAGAGAAAAUGAACAACCUCUCCAACAAAAUCAGGAUGGGACAACGCCAGCCUUGUGCGUCAGCUAUCACGAAGGUAGAGAGCAUUCCAGUGGAGUCCAUUUCCAUUGGCGUGUGUCCGGAGUUCAAAGAGCAAGACGCCUAUCAAAUCUACGAGGUUAACGCUUCCUGUGGACUGAAGGAGACCGAUAUUUAAGGGGAAGGCAGCGGGAUUGUUGGUGUGAGAUGCAUGUUCUCUAAAUGUGCUUGUUCAAGGAUAGUUGUUGUUUUUGCAUUUCCAAUUUUGACUUGAGAAUGGGUAAAAGCUUUAAUAAGUACUCAUGCUGGGAAGUUUCUCAGGAUCUCUCGUGAUUGUGUUCCCUGUGGAUUCCUUGAGAUUUCUCUGGCUUGUGUUUUCUUUCAUGAUCCAUUAGAAAAUACCCGGUCCAUAUCGUCCACAUUCCUCUCGGGAAGCCCACUCAGCUCCCAUUAUGUUUGCCUGUGAACUUCCAAACAGCACAUUGUGUUCCUCUGGGGAUAUCUCAUUCAUCCCAAACAAUUUCUUCUAGGGAUGUCCCAACACACCAUCAUGCUCCUCCACAUAUCCCUAAUUUUCCCCAUUCUCCAGGGAUUUCUUCAAUCAUCUCUAACCAUCUUCCUUUAGGAAUUUUCCUGUUGCUCCCCUGGAGAUCUGGAGUCUUUUUUCCCUUCCCAGAGCGGAAGUAUCAAAUGCCAGAGGGCGCAGCUUUAAGGUGGGGGGCGCAAGUUUAAAAGAGAUUUGUGAGGCAUGACUUUUGCCCAGAGAGUGGCACACACCGCCAGGGGUGGUGAUGGAAGCUGAAGCAACGUUGGAAUUUAGGAGACAAGUGAAGAGGCAGGAAAUGGAGGGGUAUAGACAAAUGGGAUCAGUUUAGUUUGAUAUCGUGGUCUGCACAGACAUAGCAGACUGAAGGACCUAUGUUGCUCCAGAUUGCAUCAUCUGUGGUACCUUGUGGAACAUAUGUUCUCUGUUCCACAUUCUUUGUUCUAUGUUCCUCAUUCUAUGUUCUGUGCUUCUAUUCAUGUUCCCCUAGAGAUUUCUCAAGCAGCUAGAGAGGGCACAAUGAUUGGGAGCACCCUUGACUGGCCUUACCCAAUCAUACUGAACCAUGUUCUUUGUGGUUGGUUAUUAUUUUCCCUUGUGUUCCCUCAGGGGUCUCCCUUCUUCCCUGCUCCACGCCAUGCCUUUUGAGGAUUUCACCCUGCAAUCUUCCCACAUUCCAUGCCUCUCAGAAAUUCCACUGCAAAUCACCCCAUGUUGUACUGCCUGAGGUACCUCUCAGUCAUUUCCUACCGCCUGCCACCAUUAAAUUUCUCACGCGCGCGUGCCCACACACACACACACACACACACACACACACACACGCGCAGUUUUUCUCUCCGUGCUCCUAGAGUGUCUUCCCAUUCCAUCCCUGGUCUCCACCAACUUCCGUCCACUCAAUUUUUGAGCUUCUUUCCAUUUUCCCCAAGCAACCUCAUGAUCACGCUCUCUUCCAAUGUUCACUCAACGUUCUCUCCCCAGUCAGCCACCAUGGGUCAAGGAGAAGCUCAGCGGACCCCUAGACGGGUCCGGAUAAUUGAGUCACGCUGAGGUUGCAGUAGCUGCUUUAACGGAAUCCACGUAGAAGUUCCUGGUAACAUUGUCCUGGACAUGAGUGCAGAUCAGAAAGAUUGCAUUGUUUGGGUUUCUGCUGUUUGAAUAGCUUAGGACUAUCCUUUUACUUUUGAUGCAUGGGAUCAAAUCUAGCUCAGGAACCUAAGGAAUGAAAAUGUCUCCUCUACAGAUUGUGAAAAUUGAACCAAAAAAUAAUGAACUGUGGUCCACGUCAGCCUGGGAACAUGGUAAGUUGCCCGUACUGCCCUAUAGAGGGGUUCACACCAGCCUGAAAGCAUAGUACAUUGUCAGUUCUGCCCCAUUCCUCUCACUGGGGCAGUGGAGUAAUGGUGGUAAAUAUCAGACUCCUGGAGGAAUUCAGCGUCAGCCAAAAUCUGUGGAGGGAAAUGUUGCUGCAGAUUCCAUCACCUGUGGCACCUUGUUCCUCUGGCACUGUACUGUGUUCCCAGAGGGAAUGAAGGCAGGUCACAGAGAAUAUGGGUUUAUCCUGCAUUUGGCCAUCUGGUCACUGUGUACUGUAUGUAUAAAAAGGCCCUGUCUCCCACUGCAUGCACAACCUUCACCCUAAAAGUCAUUAAAGGAACCAAGCAAAUAUCUGCCUAUUGGAUCAUUAUUCUGAGAGCUGCAAAACAGGUCUGGGGACCCACUGGCAUGCACAGUAAAGAAAAUAACCAUGGUUCUUUGGAAUAAAGGUCCUUCAGUGUCGGAUUGAAACUGUUCUCACUACCGACUGCAGGUUUAUUGACUUUCAGAGUUCUGUUGAAUGUCCUGCCAGCUUUAACAAAUGGCCGUCCAGCUCAAAAACAGGAACUCUACAUGUAUUUUUGCACUUUAAUGCGUAGCAGAGCAUUGUAGGGCUUUGAAAGUGGAGCAAGUGCCAGAGACCGUCAGUCAAUGUCUCCUGACAACAACUCUUCAAUCCUGUAAAUGAUGAACUCCCCUGGUUUAAUCUCACAUCUGAAGCUCCUGAAGCUUUGAGCCUUGUGGUGAGACGUCAAAGCCUCAGGAAGCUACAGGGAGUAUACCAUGUUGAUUUCUUUGAUACCUUACGUUGGGAAUAGUUUAGAAAUAUUUGCUUGGUGGGUGAAACUACAACAGUGCACUUGAACUGAUCAUCAGCCAUUUCCCCCAUCACUAUUCUGUCCACAACGUGGACUGCAGUAUCUUGAUGAGACUGCAUCAAAUCCCUGACCCUCUACAUCCUGAUAAUCCCAGCCCAAGUAACACCCUGCUCUGAUUCCUUAAAGACAAUUAGGGAUGGUCAAUAAACACAGGCCUUGCUGAUGAUGCUCCCUUUCAACACUCCCUGGAUAAAACACAGAAGGAAAUCUGGUGACGUUACCCUCCUUCUUUUGCCCGGGAAGAUGAAAGAUCAAGCACGCUUUCUCCAGUGUGGCCUCAACAAAGGUUAUCAAAGACAGUGACAUUGUACAGUGGGACUCCCCUGGCCCUUUGGAGAGUUUUCCUUCUCUCUGUGCUCGAGGUUCAAUUAUGCAGCAGAGAAAAUUCCCUUCCAGAAUGGGCUCCUACUGAACUCUAAACAUCUUUGGAACUUUACAUCACGGAGAGUAGUAAGUGUGGGGACUUACUGUAUAAAUGUACAAGUUCAGAGCUGUCUAUCUCACUCACCUCCCUUAAAGGUCUGAUAGGAGUGGUUUUUAUUGCAGUUAAAUUCCCGGUGAUCAACAAACUGAAAAUUGUGAUUCUUGUAGAGUGUUUAUCAGUGGUAUUCUUUCACCAUCAAAGUACAGGGAAUAAAUUGG